AUGUUGUACAAGGCAGUGCAGGAUGGCACAGUGGAGAAACUCACUGGAGAUCAGUUCGCUCCUUACCGACGACGAGCGACCGCACUAGCAUUUCAUCGCGAGUGCCUCACAGUUGGAUCACGGGUGAUCAUACCCAGCUCAGCACGAUCCCACGUUCUGGCUUUUCUGCACGCUGGUCACCGAGGCAUGGUAGGCAUGAAGAAGUGCGCAAGGAGCUACGGAUGGUGGCCCGGAAUCGACAAGGUGAUCGAGGAAACAGUGCGACAGUGCCGUGAAUGCCUUUCAACGCAGAAGAGCCCACCCAAAGCUCCCAUUCUCUCCUGGGACCGUCCCAAGACACUAUGGCACACGGUGCACGUUGACUUCGCGGGCCCACUACUCGGGCGAACCUACUUCGUUGUUGUUGACGCACACACAAAGUGGGUAGAAGUCCGGCACGUGACGCAAGCAACAUCCACGGUUGUCAUCGAUGUGCUACGAAGCAUCUUUCCGACGUUUGGCAUCCCCUGA